CUCAGCAUUGAUUUUAUUUAGGUUAAGACAGUUCUCAAAUGCUCCACGAGUGGGCAAGUCGGUGUUUGUGUCCGCAAGAAAUAAACAAACAUGUCACCAAAAGCCAAGUGUAAAGUGAAUUCGGAUGGUAGUGUUUGUUUGGAAGAUAUUCUCAAUUCCUUUAAUUCUUCAAUCCGCGAAGAACACGCUUGGGCCCUAUGUUACCAAUGUGCAAAGUAUUACAGCGAGUGUGUUUCAUCUCGAAAACAAAACGUUCACAUAGUCACAGAAGUCCGUCAUGUGUAUUUGCAGACUGACGGAAACGUUCACGAAAACACGAUUAAACCCAGAGAUAGCCCCAGAAAGCUUCUGCGAUGCGAGAAAGACGUGAUUUCGGGCCUGGGGGUGGUAAUAUACAUAGCCCUCGACCAGGGGAGUCAGAACGAUGAGGAGAGGGUUAUAAGUCAGGAUCUUGAGCAACUUAUAAGUGAUAUGAUCUCAGAUGAAUUGAACAGUUCGGAGCAAACCCAUCAUGAAACGGAUGAUGAGGGGAUCGAGCGGGACUCGGAGGAGGCCGAAGAGGAGCCCGGGACGUCCAAAACACAGCCCCACAUGACUUUACAGGAAGUCAUUCGGCGGUGCGAAAACCAUUUGGGGACCUUGACCAAAACCCAGACCGAAGCUCACUACAAGGCCGUAGUACGGGCUUUGGUAGCAGAAGCUCUAGAAUUAGCAACAUUUUUAGAAAAAGUAGCACAAGGCAGUUUGAAUUUGCCGACAGAUAGCUCAAAACUCUCAAAUUUGGACCAGUUGAAGUUCUCUGAUUGGGCCAAGUUUUGGGUGCAGGUGAUGGGGGAGCUCAGGAUGGGCGUGAAGUUAAGGAAGGUUCAUUACAGUAGGGCUCCCAUCGAAUACGAACUCACUCCCUAUGAAAUACUCAUGAAAGAUAUUAGAUCGUGUAGAUAUAAGUUAAGGAGAAUUAUGGUUAAUGGAGAUGUUCCAUCUAGGGUUACUAAGGAUGCUCAUGCUAUUAUUUUGGAAUUUAUCAGGUCUAGACCGCCUUUGAAAAAAGUAUCUGAUAGGAAAUUGCCCCCUCAAUCGCGCACACUUACUCCAAGGGAACAGUUACUCAACUCGAUCAAAAAGGGCCGGAAGUUGAGACCGACUCCAAGAUCUCCAUACAUGUUAUCAGAACCAAAGCAACAAACCAAAGAAGAUUCCUCAAAACCAAAUCGAAGACUAAUCAAAGUCGACUUCAGCCAGUUCGAGGACGAGGACGACGAUGAACCCAUUGACAGUCCCGACUCGACCGGUCUGUGGUCAACUUCUGAAUACCUCCAAAUGUGUGAUACAACUCUGGAAGCCUACGAUCUCGCAACUCAAGACAUAAAUCGGCGCUCGACCAUUCGCAGACACACCCUGGAGGUGUGCGACCCCAACGUGGGAUGCUACUCGGUGCCCCAAUCCCGGCCUUGCUCCCGCCAGUCCUGCAACAGCUCCGAGGCCGAAUCGGUCCAACUUGAGCCCGAAGUGGCCAAAGCGAUGCAAGACGAACUCACCAAUGCCCGUAGUUGGCAAGAGACCAUAUCCCUCGACGACAGACUCUCCCUAACCCUCUCCGAAAUCGUGCACAUACGAGCCGUCUUGACCAAAGCCGAAUUGGAGGCUCUACCUGUGGAGGGCAGGGUGCGCCACGACGUAGAGUCACGCAAAGUCUGCUUCUUGUGUCUCAAAACACGGUUCGGGAUCUUCGGCCCAUGGGGGCAACGGUGCACUCUGUGCAAACGCACAGUUUGUACGAAAUGCUGCUCCAAGAUGAAUAUCCCCAUGGAGCACUUUUCGAGCGUUCCGGUCGUGUUGCUGAGCCCCAGUAUCAUGUCUUCGCCGGAGACUGAAGCCAAAGAGGCGUUUUCGAAGGGUCUAGUCAAUAAAAUGAUGGAAGGGGGCCCUCCGUCGGCCGACCAUAGCCCCGAAACGAGCAGGCCGAGUUCGAGUAUGGAGAGUAGUACAAUAAGCGAUCCAGGGUCGCUGGGGCGGUUCCGGGCGAAAGCGGUGGCGGCAGGGAGGGCUGCCAGAAUGGUGGAUAAGUUCAAGGCCUCGCAAAUGGUGGUUUGUCACGAUUGCAGGAUGAUGGUCUUGCAGAUUAUUAAGUCGGCGAGGGCGAAUCGUUCGGCUAUCAGAAAUAAAACGCUACAAAGUCUCACUUUGAAUUUAUCUCCGGUAUUUUAACACUGAUAUUGAAUGGCUAUCGAAACUCAGUAGUGAUAUUAGUUUUAACCUGAAUCUUGUUGCAUUUCAAUGUUAUAUUCCUAUUUCGUGCAUUCCUAUCUGUAAGUGGAAACUUUUAAAUCCAGACCACGGAGUCUUAGAGGAAAUUUUAUUAUAUUUAAAAAAAAAUAGCGGUUUUAUUUUGGUAACUGUAAUUUUAUGUAAAAAUCUAUCUUCAGAGUUUAAAAUAUAUGAAAUGAAUAAAGGCUAUGUUAAUUGCGGGGAUUUCUAUUCACCCUUCAAAAACAGGUGAUGUCAAAAAAGUUGUUACAAAAGUAGUUUACCACAAAUAAUUAACAAUCAAGCACUUGUUUAAUUUUCUGUGAGUAAUUUAAAGUCGUGUUUUUUUUUUAAUGGAAAUCAGCAAGUCAACAUUUUGGUGGCAAAAAUUUUGUUUGCUUUUUGUUUUUGUCCUUAAAAAUUUUGUUAAAAAAUUAUGCUUACGUUUUGAUAUUGGAAUGUUAUCAAAAUUUUGACUUUUAUGAAUCUUGUAUCCUUGCUUGCUCUUUGAAAGCCCUUUAAUCGACUACUUGAAGACAGACAUCACAACCUAAUGCCUAAAGACUUCCAUGCUAGUAAUAUUGCAUGUUUUAAGUUUUCCUUUAGUUUUAGUUUCAAAAUUGUUACUUUUUCAACUCGUUCCUCAAAAAACUAAUUUAAUUGUGUUCUUUAUCAUUCAUGUUUAUUUUUUACUAAAACAAACCUGCAUUACAAAUUACAUCUAAAAUACAUUUUAACGGUGGUGUUUUUGUGAUUUUAUGUGCACGCUUUUUGACUUCAAGUUUCGAAAAUCUGAUAACGGUACCCAAUUUAUCUCCGUUUUUGUGUUUUCGUCUCCAAAUCUUGACCAUUUUAUUGCUGACGUUUAAUGAUAUUGUUUUCAAAUUAAAUUAACAAGAAAUUAGCAAGAAAGUACCUGUGGUAGUGACGUCACAAACAACAAAAUUAAGGAACCUAAUUAAUAAGUUUAUAAAAUCAAUAAAUUAUUACAAUUGCAAUUUCCAGAUAAAAGAAGUAUUAAAAUCUAGUAAAAAUAAUAAUGUCCCAAAUGUAGUUUUAAAAAUCGUUUUGACAAAAUUUAAAAUUAAAUACAAUAAAGAAGAAAAAAUCAAAAAUUAUGUAGACGAACAAUCGACAGGAAGUAAAAAUUUUAAAUUUUAUAAAAAAAUAUUAAUCAUUUUUUUUAGGGAAUUAAAAACGGCCAUAAAAAUUUGCUAAAUAAUGGCAUUCAAGUGGAAAAAUCAUCGAAACAAUGUAUUUACGUAACUUUUUAAUCAUUAUUGUUUUGAACUGGUGUUUUCUGGUUCGGGUCUAAGGGCCGAACCAGAACAACACCAGUUCAUCAACUGGCCGCCGCAAGCCUUAACCAAUUUAUCAUUAUUGUUUUACUAAUAACAUUACUUUUAAGAAAAAAUACCUAAUCAAAAAAGUCAUAAAAACAAUAUAAUAAUUAAUUGUAAAUAUUAUGUGAACGAAAAUCAUAGUACUUAAACUAUAUUAGUUUCAAUUUCAAUUUGUAGUUUUAUUUUGAAUUUAGUGGAAUUGCUUCAUUUAUUAAAAUUAUCAUGAAUAUGCGCAAGUGGUGCCAACGUAGUUGGUUCAAAAAAAUGGGAGACGAAACACCUUUAUUUAGCAUUUUAAACAAUUUUAUUUUUAAGUUAUUAAUAUUACUUCAUUCUUCUGCUAACAUAAAGAGAAUAUUAUUGUCUUUGAUUAAUUUAAUGAAGACAAACCAAAGAGAUAAAUUAGGUUUAAGUACAAUUUCUCAAUACUAAGUUUUAUUGGCGAAAAAAAAUAUCAUAAUUUUAAAAUUGAUAAAAGAUAAAUUCAGUCUAUAAACUGCCACACUUUUUACAAAGAGGUCGAAAAAGAAUAAGACAUGUUAUAAUUAAAUAUUUAAU